UUUUAUUUUAAGUACGAAGCGCAGGCUGCAAAGACUAUUCCAUAUUGCAACAGAACAAGUUAUGGCUUUAAAGACGACGGUUGUAUUGUUAUUCUUGUUGGGUAAUGUACGUUUUUCCGCCGAAAACAACACCAAAAUUUCUCGUUUUUCAUUUUUUGAAACCUUGCAAAAUAGGAGGCUCAAUGGAUAUGUUGCCAAACGGUUUGAUUCACCCAGUUUGUUAUCUUGCGGUCACCAAUGUCUGAUAAAUACCUGGUGUACUUCCACCAACUUCAAGUUUUCCUUCAAGGGGAAAGACAAAGGAACUUGUGAACUGAACAAGCACGACACGUCCACUGUUAACGAAAACAACAAUUUCUUUGACGACGAAGAAACGACUCUCUCGAUGUUACUUAAGGGUUGUCAGAUGACCAGUUGCCUUAAUGGUGGUUCCUGUAUUCGCGACAUAAAAAGGCAAACCUUCUCGUGCGCUUGUCAACAACCUUGGAUUGGGGAAAGAUGUCACAUGAUCAGUCUCGGCGCAUGCGGUGGGGGUGAAUGGACGCUGGUUAUGAAAAUAAGCGGCUUUCAUGCAUCGUUACAGCCCAAUUGCAGCCGAGAGGGGUUUAAUGUGAAGUGCGAUGGAUCAGGAAGACCGAAAGCUCGCAUUGGAAUCCUCGGAAACAACGAGAACGACUGCAACACUUGUGACUCCAGAGUCGGGUUCGGCACAGGAGGUAAGCACGAUGACUCCAACACCUGCGGAAGCGAAGCUAAAUAUGGUAAUAUACAUAUCAAAGCGAUGGGAUACAUUUUGCUAAAGCUCGCUAUUGAAAGAAGUAAAUUGUUACUUUUUCGAAAAAAGGCUGAUGGGAAUAAGGCUUAUUCAUUACAUAUAAGUUCUGACAAGGUGCCCGUGUACUGUCACAUGACGAGUCUUGGCGCAUGCGGUGGAUAUGGAUGGACGCUGGUUAUGAAGAUGAAUGGCUCGCUAAGAACGUUUCACUAUGAUGAUGACCUCUGGAGCAAUAAAAAAACUUUCAACCUUGAAGGAGGAAAGACUGGGCUUGACUCAAAUGAGACCAAGUUACCGACCUACUGGAACACACCAUUCACAAGGAUCUGCCUCGGUAUGAAAAUCGGUGAGGAGGACAGCUUUAUUGCAAUUGACAAGCCGGCUAGCUCACUAUAUUCACUGAUCGCUGAUGGUAAAUACCGCGCCACCUCACUGGGUCGUAACUCGUGGAAGAGGCUGAUUGGCUCACGGGCCUCUCUGCAGCGCAAUUGCAACAAAGAAGGGUUCAAUGUGGUGUGUACUAGAGCUUCUCAUUCGAAAGCAAGAAUCGGUUAUAUUGGCAACCAAGAAAGCAAUUGUGGCUCCUGUGAUUCCAGAAUUGGAUUUGGUACUGGGGGUAAUCCCGAUGACUCAAACACGUGUGGUAACCAAGCAAGACAUAACCCAGAUAACAGCAAAAGACAUAUCACAGCCAUGGGAUAUAUUUCAAGAACUUUUCAUUACGAUUCUAAUCUCUGGAGCAACAAUCAAACCUACAAUGUUGACGGAGGAAAGACUGGAUUUGACUCACAAGAGACCAAGUUACCGACCUAUUGGAACUCAUCUUUCACCAAGAUCUGCCUCGGUAUGAAGAUCGAACAACAUAUUAACUUUAUACUCUUCAACCGGAGAGCUAAUUCCCUCUACUCAUUAAUCGCUGAUGGAAACCAUUGCACGACGUCAUUGGGUCGUGACAACUGGAUGAAACUGAUUGGCUCACAAGCAUCGUUACAGCCCAAUUGCAACCGAGAGGGGUUUAAUGUGAAGAGCGAUAGAUCAGGAAGACCGAAAGCUCGCAUUGGAAUCCUUGGAAACAACGAGAACGAAUGCAACGCUUGUGACUCUAGAAUUGGGUUCGGCACAGGAGGUAUACACGAUGACUCCAGCACCUGUGGAAACGAAGCUAAGUAUGGAAAUAUACAUAUCAAAGCGAUGGGAUACAUUCUGAUACAAUGAGAGAAGAACAAGCGAUAGAGAUGUGGUUCAAAGUCACUGUCGAGUAUUGCAGGGUGCAACCUUCCUGUGCAUUA